CAUGUUAUAAAAAAUGUAAACAAAUGUGACAUUUCGGGCUGUCAUCACCAAUACAAAGUAUUAGCAUUCAUACAUGGACCACUUGCUUUUUUCGCACACAUCAACAGGUCAACAUAACCACAAAAAUGUGAACCGGCUUUUCUAUCAUUUUAGCUGUCAUUGAAUUCAAUCUAUUUUUCAUUCGCAUACAAAACUCACUUAUGAAACAGUCACCCUGAAACUAUUCUACGAUUAAACACAGAAUUUCAAUAUUCUUUCCAGUUUUUCUUAUUCAGUUUAUAUUGUUGAGCGAAACACUUCAGCUCUUUUGUAAAAUCAGUUUAAUUUGAAAUCAUCUCAAAGUCAUUGUCGGAAGCAAAAAUUCAUCUCAAUUCAACCACAAUCACUUGAUGUAGUUUGCAGAAGAAUUCUCACACCAGCCAGAUGUUAUAGUUAUUUGAAUAUUUGGCAUCAAUCAAACUAUUCGAAACACAUAUAUAACCAUAGACUUUCCAAGUAAGUUCAAACUGGAGCACGCAUGGAGCUGAAUAUCAAACAUCAAAUUAGAAUUGGCAUACACUAUGCAAUCGUCCUGUAUUCAAACCCCUAAAAAGUGUUAUUAUAUUCUGAACUGUGAAUUGUAAUUGUUUUUUUUUGGAUUUUAUUUUUUUAAUAGCAGGUGUUUUACAAGAUAAAACCAAAAUUGUCGAGAGUUGACCAGAUUGAAGAAAACUGACUGACGGUUGAUUCCUUUUUUGUCUUUGAAGGUCCACACUCAAUAUUCGGACAUCAGAACCAAAGUAAUCUCAAUUUGAAUACUUUCUGCAAUACUCUUGGAUUUAACAAUUGGUGAGGGAAAUAAUCGCACUAAUCAAGAGGCUGCUAUUGGCUUUGAAGCUUGAGUUAUUUUCGAGAUUUCCAUUCGCCACCAUCAACCAAAUCAUUCCACAGCUUAUCACACACAAGCCUGACAAUGGCAACCACUGACUCAGCAUCCAAAGAAUACAACGUCAAAGGCAUUUUGAACAUCGGUAAAAAGCUGUACCUGAACGAGGAGAUGGCCGAUUUUCAUUUCGAUGUCGAGUUCAACGAUCAACAUGAGCGUAUUCCGGCGCACAAGCUUUUGUUAGCCAACGCGAGCGACGUCUUCCGUACAAUGCUCAAUGGGUCUUGGCUCGAGAAAGACGAAGCUAAGAUAGUCGACGCUUCUCCGUCUGCGUUCAAGGAGUUUCUGCAAUUCAUUUACUGCGGCCGAGUAAAAGUGACAACUGCAAACGUGGCACAAGUGAUGAACAUGGGGAAAAAGUACGACAUCCCCGAAUGUUUGGAUGCGUGUCAAGACUUCUUGCUAAACACACUCACCAAUGAAAACAUGUGCAUGGGCUAGGACUUGCGAUACUUUUGGAAGACAAACGAUUGAUGAAAUUUUGUGAGAGCAAAAUCAAAUACAACACGAACGAAAUACUCUCAUCAAGCAGCUUUCUGGACUGCGAUCAAAAUGUGUUGAAACGAAUUUUGCAGAUGGAUUCAUUGUUCUGCACAGAAGCUGAAUUGAUCGAAGCAUGCAUGUCAUGGGUGAAGUCGGUCAGCAAUCAAGAGCAAUUGACAAGGGAAAUUGUUCAAAAACAACUCGGUGAUUUGUUCUACGAAAUGCCAUUUGGGUCGAUGUCAUUGGAGGAGUUUGCUGCAUUUGAUCGUUCAUAUGGGGGUCUAUUUACGCUUGAUGAAUACAGAGAAAUUAUUCAAAUAUUCGCAUCGAAAGACUUUCAGCCCGAAUUAUUCAGGGCAAAGCGGAAAAUAUUCUAUGGAACCCAUCCAACAUGGAAUGAAGCCGCUGUGGUUGUAUGUGACCGUACAAUACAAGAUACGGAUGAUCCGCAAUUCAUUGAAAACGUUGAAACGACAACUUUCUCUACUAAUAAAACAAUUUUAUUGGGAGCAAUCGAAUGUGCACGUUUAUACGAGUUUAUAUUGAAUCAAUGGAAAGCCACAGUAAAAUUUCCAACGAAAAUAACGAUUACUGAAAGCGAAGAGUCAACAGCUUCGGGUGAAGGACGUAUCGUUUAUAAUGGUGAAGCGGAUUUGGAUAGCUUAGUACUAAUUCGUUUGCCCAAUCCAAUUCUCAUCAAACCGGGAUUCGUAUACAAAAUCCGAAUGGAACAAGAUCCACCACCGAAAUACUGUAUGACUUGGAAGCUAAAAUCCCAAGUGGAAAUAGAAUCUGGUAUUACUGUCAAAUUCCACAGUUCUAUCGUGGGUGAAGUGAUGAAAGGCUUAGUUCGCCAACUUGAAUUCAACCGAAUUGAAACAUGAUAUAACUAGUGUCUGAAGCAAUAGUUCACAAACAAACGAACCAGAACACUUUGAUGAAAAUUUACACUACCGUGCAAAAGUUUGGAACCACUAGGUAUUUUUCAUACAAAUUGACCAUUUUUGUGGACUCAUUAACAUAUUUCGGAAACACCUGCACUCUUGAUAUUUUGUGCAUAGUUUCUACAACGUUUCAAUAGCAAAUCACAAGUUGUAGAAACUAUGCACAAAAUAUCAAGAGUGCAGGUGUUUCCGAAAUAUGUUAAUGAGUCCACCAAAAAUGGUCAAUUUGUAUGAAAAAUACCUAGUGGUUCCAAACUUUUGCACGGUAGUGUAGGUAACAACAAAAAAUGAAAAUUAUACUUUUUGUAGUCAAAUUAAUUAUGUUCUAGAAAUAUACUUUCAAGAGAAAUAGAAUAAAAUAAAACUUCAGUUCCAAA